AUGGAUUUUGAGAAUGCUUGCAGGCUUUUUGGUUUGGCCAAUUUGCUUAGAUUGAUGCGUUGUGCUGAACCAUCUCAAAGACAAGUUAUGGCUAAUUCCAUUCUAACUGAGGCUAACAUGUAUGGCAAUGAUCCCAUUCAUGGUGCCCUAGGUCACGUUCUUAAUUUGAACAAUCAAAUCCAAUCUGUUCAAAGAGAAUUAGACUUUGUAAACACUAUGCUUGCUCAAUGCUCACUUCAAUCAACUUCACAUGUGGAUGAUGUUGUCGCGGGUUCUUCUCACCCAGGACAAUCAAGUACUGUUGCACCUCGUGAAAAAGAGGGUGGGGCUCAAGAGAAAGAUGCCGAGUAUAAGAGAAAGAAUAAGAAAGAUCAUUGA